UUUGUCGCUUUGGCUAACUUGACGCGGUGUUCGGGGACACACUCAUUCACUUUAGGUUAGGACUCCCAUUGGAGUAACUGGAGGAAAAACGGCUGUCUCUCUCGUCAAAACUCGCAAGAAAACAACGUGAAAUCCCUCGGAUACACUUCAGGAAACAGCGACCGUGGGGGUUUAAAUCCGAGCUGGACAUCAGAUAAGAUCCGUUACCGAUUCAUUUAGGCGAACUGAUUGAUCACGGGCUGUGUGUAUUUUCGUUUGCAAAGCCAAACACACACACACACACACACACACACACACACACACACACACACACACACACAGUCACAGUCACAGGUUGCUAGCGGAGUUGACGCUAACCCAGCUAGCCGCGUUAGCUAGCUGCGGUUAGCUGUGUUUCCCCCUUUACCCGGGACUUCAACCAGCCGGAGCUAAACUUAAAACAACUGUCAGACAUUUUCCAGACAGCCUGCUCUACGGUCCAGUCAUGAUGUGGUGUUUUUUCGGACGUUUAUCAAGUUGGCCGGCCGGUAGCAUCGGCUGACUAAAAGCCUGACGUUAGUGUGAGUCUCUCGGUUUCUCUCGACCUGGAUUUCACUCCUGUGUGAGUGUUUCUUUUUUUUUUUUUUUUUUUUUGCUCCUUUCCAUUGCUGUUUUUUUUUUUUUUUUUUUUUUUUUUAAAAGGUGGACUUUGCCCUCAAGGUGUUGUAACUCUCCUCCCUAUUAAAUAAAAAAAAAAAAAAUAGAAGAAGAGAAGCCUCUAUUGAUUCUUCUGUUGGAGUAUUUCUAAACUUGGCUGGAAGCUUUUUCUUUUGGGAGGUAAAAAGUUUGCGUGUUGGGAAGUUGAGGAUUUUUCCGAGGCUGUGGAAAAAUGGAUGCGGGUAUAGAGAAGGAAUGCAGCGCCUUGGGAGGGCUCUUCCAGCUCGUCAUGAACGACAUGAAGGCCAGUUAUCCUACAUGGGAGGACUUUGUAACCAAAGGAGCCAAGCUACAGUCACAGCUCAGGACGACCAUCGUGGUGACCGGAGCCUUCCUGGAUGCUUUUCAGAAGGUGGCAGACAUGGCGACUGGGACCAGAGGUGCCACCAAAGACAUCGGCUCAGCGCUAACCAGGAUGUGUAUGAGGCACCGCAGCAUCGAGUCCAAACUCAAGCUGUUCACCACAGCUCUCUCAGAAAGUCUUAUCACUCCGCUGGAGUUGAAGAUGGAGGAGUGGAAAAAAGUGGCCAGUCAGCUGGACAAAGACCAUGCUAAAGAGUACAAGAAGGCCAGAGCAGACAUCAAGAAGAAGUCGUCAGACACCAUCAAACUGCAGAAGAAAGUGAAGAAAGGGAAGGGAGAGGCUCAGGGCCAGCUGGACAGCGCGCUGCAGGAUGUCAACGUGCGUUACGCCGUCCUGGAGGAGACGGAGAAGCGAGCCGUGUGCAGAGCGCUGAUAGAAGAACGAGCACGCUACUGCAGCUUCGUCAGCAUGCUGAAGCCUGUACUGGACCAUGAGAUCAACAUGCUGGGUGAGGUGACCCACCUGCAGACCAUUCUGGAAGAUCUGACCAACCUGACAGCUGAGCCCAAUAAACUCCCACCAGCCAGCGAGCAGGUGAUUUUGGACCUGAACUGUUCUGAUUUCAACUACACCUAUCAGACACCUCCAGCUUCUCCCAGUAACACCCUGUCCAGGAAGAGCAGCAUCAGCAGUAACUACCAGUCUGGAUCAGUGAGACACGUUCCCUCCUUGGACUCCAUCAGCUGUGCUGUCGAUGGAGUACACAUCCAGCGCUGCUCCUCCCCCUAUCUGCUGAUUGGCUGUGAUGAAGCCGGGCGGUCCCUCAGCGAAGGGAACUCCCCCUCUCGCCCCGGUCGUCAGGGCAGCCGUGGUCGCUACAGUUACGCUGCUGGCCAUGGCCACCACCCCGCGCUGAGCCGCCGCGUUAGCCGCAGGGAUAUGACCACUGAUGCAGUUGGCUCGACCAAUCAGCUUGCUGCUGGAGGGAUCGGAUCGGCAGAGAACGGCAUGUUGGCCCCCCCACACAACGCCUACUCACACCAUGGAGAGAGAGCUCGAGCCAUGUCUGCGUCUGGGAAGUCGUGCUCGGCCCGGGAUCAGCUGGCGUUAACUUUAGGUGCGUUGAAUUCAGACGCCCCGAGGAGCAGCAGGGACUCUCUGCACUGUUCCAGCGGCUACAGCACCCAGACCACCACCCCGUCCUGCUCCGAGGACACCAUACACACACACACUGUAAAGAGAGAUCCUCCCCUCUAUGUUGACUACGAGUCCAUCUCUCUCCACGGAGACGCUGACUCCGUCUCUUUACAUCACCUCUCCCAUGGCAACACCCAGUCAGACUUUGACAAGUCCUCAACCAUCCCGAGGAACUCCGACCUCGGUUUCCAGUACAGGAAGUUUGCUCAGUCUAAGCGCCCCUCCUCCACUGUCAGCCUAUUGGCUGAGCCCGAAUUGAUUGGCAGGUCGGUCCACCAGCUGCCGUCCCACACGGCGACCAUCAGGCGCAAACCGUCAUCCAAGCCGGCGUAUCGCAGGGGCACGAUCAGCGGGGGAGUUCCCAUCCCCAUCUGCACCCCGCAAGUUCCCCUUAAAGCCCUCGGAGGAAAUAACGGGAGCGAUGAGAAUGUUUUCACAGCGCCCCCCGCUGUUGUUGGAGCAGGAGGUUUAGGUUACAGUAAACUCUGCACCUCCACACAGAGCCUCAGUGCCUUACCUCCUCCCUCUUCCUCCCCGUACUACCAGCUGAUCCCAGGUCAGAUGCCUAUCCCGGUGCCUGUGCCUACUGUACCUACCCUGCCACCAGAGGGCAGCAACGCCACACAGCAACAGAGACAGUACCAUCAACAACUACAGCAACAGCAGCAAAUCAACCAACUACAGCAGCACAACCAGCAACUACAGCAACAGUUUCUACACCAACAGUCACUGCUUCAGCAACCCCAACAGCUGCAACAUCAACAAGAGCAGUAUCAACAGCAAGACCAGCAUCAACAGCUGAACCAGCAGCAGAAACAGAAGCUGUUCCUGCAGCAGCAGCUUCAGGCCCAGUUCCAGGCCUCUGCUUCCCAGGGAGAGCCCACCAGUCUGGGCCACAGCGCUCACUACCAGCCCCAGGCUCCUCCACCCUCCAUCCAGGACCAGAACCCGGAGCAGCUGAUCCAGGAGGGAGGAGGAGACAUGCUGAACAAGAUCAGAGGAGUAAAGCUCAAAAGGACCCUCACCAAUGAUCGCUCUGCCCCUCUCCUGCCCCCUCCAACCAAUCACAAAUUAGGCUGAACGACGGCUUGUUUUGCUUCCCUGCAGGUUAGCUGUUUAGUUUAAUGGGUUCGGCGCCCAAAAGAGGCACCUGAGUGUGUCAGCACAGACCGCACAGAGCAAAAUCAAACAUAGACUUCCUACAUACAAAUCUAAAAACAGAUAGUGGACUGAUUUAAUCGCUGGAACUCGACGUGUGUCUUAUUUUAUUUUCCAAAGUUCUGCUUCCUUUUUAGGCUGUUUAGAUUUGUUUGUGUUAAAAAUGUUUUGUUUGUUGCUGCAGCGACCAGCUUUUGCCUUUUUUUUUUUUUCCCCAGUUCAUGUUUGCAUUUCUAUUAUGCAUAAUGUUUUUGUCUGACCCAUAGAACUGAUUGUUUUAGUUAGUACUCACUUCCUGGUCAGAUGAUCGUCAUGUGGCUCGUUAAUUAGCCAGACGGGAAGCUUUUAGUGUCUCAGAUCCUCUCAAGUCCUGGGUGUGUUUGAUUUGCCUUUUGUCUAGACUCCCAGUAGGGUGUAGUCCAGUAGCUCCACUGUGUCACAUGGUUGAACCAUGGUGUGUGGAGGUUUUAAUUUGCUGGCUGUGGGUCAGUGUUGGUCCGGUGUAUCUGAACAUUGAGUGACAGUUCAGUCGUCACAGAGUAUUUGGUUUGUUCCCGGUCAUCUCAAAGAGUCAACACCGAACCUGAUGCUCAUAACUCUGGAAUAAAACCUGGACUGGGUCUGUAGAUUGUUAAUAUGUUAGAACAAAAAAAGCUUUGGGAGCAGCUGGGGCACCCGUACAGAAAUUUGAACUGUGAUUUGAAAGGUGACUCCCUCACCUUCAAGUGGCAACAGUUUCCGCCCCAGGGAUGCCUAAUGGUGCCGCUGAGGGCUACUGUUUGUGGAAAAGGAUUAAAAAUGUUACUGUGUGCAAAUGUGUGGUUUACUGUGUAAAUAAUUAGCUGGUGAACAUGAGGAAUCAUAACAACAAGAAGACUGAUUUGUUUGCAACUUUUAGAGGCAAUGCUGUUAUUUUAGGAGAAGCAGAUCGGCAACAAUGGACGACAUUAUAUGAGAACAUAGCGGGCUAUGAGAAGCAGAACUAUAAAGAAAAGCAGAGUCGGUCACAGCUGCUGGUGAUGUACAGGUCUGUGCUGGUUUGAAGGUGGUUGUCAGCAGUUACAGGGGACACGCCGCCAUGUUGGAAGACUUGAUUGAACCCUUAGAAGUUUUUAGAUGUUAAUGUAGUAACUAGAGCCUGAACCACACAAGAUUUUUGAGGCUGAUAUUAGCUUUUUAACAUAAGCAAUUAUUUUGAUAAGGAACCCUUAAAUUUGGUUAAGAAUUGUGACAGAGAUAUGUACUGAGUGGACAAACUAUGUAAUGGAGACGCUGUUUCUAAAUUACCACGUUUUUCACACAAUAUUAGUAUCUGCGUAUAUGUCGGCCGAUAAAUAACAAGAAAUUUUGGUACAGAAUUGCCAUACGUUUUAAUUAAUUAACAGUCUCUAUUACACAGUUUGUUCUUCUGAGAGCACUGACAAAUCUAUUUCUAUUUUUACAAUGUAAAAUGUCCAGUUCAGUACAUAUCCUGGUCACAAUUCUGUGAAAACCAAAUUGAAGUGCUCCUUAAAAUUAUGUGUUUAUGAUAAAAAUUAAUAUCAGAUGCUUUCUUUUUUUCAAACUCUCAAAUAUCAUUAUGGUAUCCAUUGGGCCUUAAAUGACACUGAUUAAAACAUUUCCUUUACAAGUUUUUGCACAGAAACAUGUAAUAAUUAAUACAUUUUUUACCAUUUUCCUUGAAAAAUGCUGAUUAAGGUUCUGUCAAUCGACUAAUUGUUUCAGCUGCAGUUAUUUCUUUUACCAGUUUAAAAUGACAUUUUCACACAUGACACUACAUCAGUUAUGAGUUAUGAUUACUUUCUGCAGGCAGACAGAGGAAGAGCUUUUGAUUCUGUUGUCACUCCUCCAACAUGGCGGUGUUUCCAUCUUAACUAUAAGAAAACUCCAAACCUCUGCUUACAGCUCUGAUUUACCCGUCAAAGGCAAAAAUCAGUGACUUUUGCUGUUUAAAAAGUUAAUUAAAAAGAACUUCAAUGUCUUUCUGUCGCUACAGAUACAGGAUCUAAUAUGUUUAAUAAAGACACUGUUAGAAUUUAUUUUGUUUGAGUGUUUAAAUUCAGCUCCCAUCACUGAAGACAGCAGAUUUACUUUUUUUGAAUCAACUGCUUACAGCUAAUCAGAGUCCAGGAAUGUGCGGACUUCGUGUUUGCAUCCAACGUUUAACUUUAAGUUAAACUAUAUUUAUCUACAGAGUUUUGUUGGGCUCCAAUAGCUGGUUCUAUUUUGGAUCCUGUUCCAAGUUGGUAAAAUAUUUAGAUCUGUUAAUAUGUUAACCUGCUAUUCUCAUAAAUCUCUUAUCUGAUAUUUUAUGUCCUCUCUUUUUUCACAGAGAUCACAGGUGCAAUAAGCUGACUGCAGACCUCUUAAGUCACUGUUCACAGCUCAGAUAUUUUCAGUGAUCAAAUAGGUCUGGCGUUGUGCCCAUUGACUUUUUCUCUGGUUGGAUAAAUAAAUGAGUCCAUCAGAAAACAAGGACGUUAUCUUUCUGUGCCAGAGCCAGAAAAACGGCAACAAGCGUGGAUUUGAUCAACGCAGCUUUAUAGGUUGUUGUUAGUUGACUUAAAGAAGUAAGACUUAAAUCAGCAUAUUUCUUCGAUCAUCAGGAAAAUAAUCCUCCUCUCCCAAACAUGAACGUGAUUUCAGACUUGAAUAAUCACGUGAAUGGAUUCAGAUGUGAUAAAAGACGUGUUGCCUCUGAAAGUUGCCUGUGUUGACUUCAUACAGUGAGCGUGCCCGGAAGCAGGGCCGUAGCUACCACUGAGGACUGAGGUCAUGUCCUCGGUUACUGGGGGAUUCAAUGACAUGAGGAGGGGUUUACCAGAGCUGAUUAUUUGUAUUAUUGAUUAAUGUGGCAAUUGUGUUUUAUUAAAGCCAUUAAAGAUUUGGUCUAUAAAAAAAUACAACUUCCCAGAGCCCAAGGUAUAUGUCUUGCUUUGUCAGAACAGUCCAAAACCCAAAGAUAUUCAGUUUACAAUGAUAGAAGACAAAGAAAACCAGAAAACAUUUGAAAAGCUAGAACCAGUACAUUUCUGGCAUUAAAAAAUGUCAAACGAUUAAUGCUUUAAAGUUUCACGUUCUAAACGCAUUCCACAUGUAGGUUUUUUAAGGCUGUUUCUGAUAUAUUGUUAGACCAAAUAUCUUUAAGUGUGACAUUUUAGGCAGGAAACUAAAGUUAAAAAUAAAAGUAAUUUAGUAUUUUCCACCAGAAUUAAAUACCUGAAGGUGUAGAGAAGACUAUAAUGUAGGAAAAUUAGUUUGUUUAAAUAUGCAGAAACCAGCUGCAUGAAAAUGGGAAAUGCAGUCCAGUCUCUGGUCCGCUGGUCCUUGUCUGUUCUCAUAGAAACUUUCCUGUGUAUUUAGGAAUUUCCUGCAGCUGAUUCAAGUGUUUAUAUUGUUGAUGAGACAGAAAAGCUGCCUUCUGAUCAGUCAGAGCUUCUGAUAUUCAUUUGAUUGAUUGAUUGGACCCAAUAAGACACACAGCAGUUGUGUGUGUGUGUGUGUGUGUGUGUGUGUGUGUGUGUAUAUACUGUAUUAGUGCUUCUAUUCCUGGGAGAGAUCAAAAUCUAUAUAAAAAUGUAUGUAUACAUAUCCUGAUUGUAUUUUUGUUGAUUUAUUGAUCUGACACCGCCAUCAGUCGUCAUAUUUUUGUAGAAAAGCUUUAAAGAAGGAAACCCAGUGAACUUCCUGAUGUUUGAAGAUCUGAAACCUGAUUGGAUGUCUGACUGUCGAGAAGCAAACGAAGGACAGACAGACGUACGGACGACAUGAACCAACAGAAUGUAGAAAUGUUUUGUUCUUCAUCUUUUGAUGUUUGCUGUGGGAUCAAUAAUAAUAAUAAUUGAUUCAUCAA